AUGUCCGAGGGAAUAAUAAUCCCUGCUGCCGCCGCCGCCGAAUCUCCGGGCGGUGGCAAAGCAAGCGCGGCAAAGGAUAGGAGUUGUCCGUAUUGUGGUCAGGCGUUCACAUCUUCGUCAUUGGGAAGGCAUCUAGAUCUGUAUAUCAAAGAGAAGAACCCUAAAGCCCCAGAUGGUAUUCACGAUGUUGAAGCUAUUAAGAAGAUGCGAGGGAGUAUCACCCGCAGACAGCCAAGGGGCUCUCUAGCGCGGCGAGACACCUCGACUCCGGGCACCCCGACAACCUCCUCGAGAAAGAGCCCCGCGCCCGACUCUAUCGCAAAGCCGAACGCUAUACUGAAAGAUGGUCAUUUUGUUGUAGAUCACCAGAUGCCCAGAUAUCCCUUUCAGCCCACCUGGGAGGCUACUGGUGUAAUCAAUGAUAUUCCAGCGAGGAGCGGGGAAUUAAAGAGCAACCCAGACGAUGGAAGCGGCCAGGAUUCCAGGCGGCUUCCCAUGCAGCGUGCACCGAGUAGAACGGUUCAGAAAUCCCAGUUAGAUGCAAGGCAGAAGCUUUCGGAUGCUAUGGACACAGCAAGGGCUGCCGAGCUGGCACUUAGAGAACUGCUUAGUUCGUGGAGGGCUGCCAAGCAGCAAAUAGACAUGGACUCUCUUCCGUUCGAUUUCGACCCCCUUUCUCUUGACUUCCCCGCUCUCACUCUCCAAUGUCUCCAAGCACCUCCUACGCUAUUCUCUUCUACGCCGCACCCGACAUCGUCUUCUUGGUCUAUACAGCCCCCGGCGCAGAAGCAAUUCGAAGCGCUUAAGGCAUACUUCAAAGAAGAAUUUAGGAAAUGGAAGGUCGCUUGCGCUACGGCAACUACUUCAUCGCAUGAGGACUUGACAUACCCUCCCUCUAAAGCAUCUUUUCCUCGCGAUGUGCGUGAGGCUGUGAAGAAGGCGGAAGAGGCAGCGGCCACGCUCGAGGCGCAGGUCUGUGAGCAUUUGCAAUCGACUUAUCACGUCUGGGAGCAACUUCCAGUUCAGAGGAGGACGGAGCUUUGGGGUCUUGAGUUGGCUAGGAGCGUAGGGAGACGACAGAAGGAAGUGGAGAAGUUGAAAGAGACACAUUUUUCUAUGAGACAAGAAAAUGCGAACCUCAAAGCUCAGAUCGAUCAGCUCAAUCGUCUACAACAACCGAGGGAGUUUAGGAUAGUUCCUCCAGCAACAAUCCCCAUCGAAGAAUCGCUACUCUCGUAUUUGUUAGAUCUAGGAAGCAAAGGUUACAGGGGGAUCGGUCUUGAGACUGAAGAUCGCCAUGUGGACCUUGAUACCGUAGUUGGCCGUGCCAUUGAAAGAUGGAAGGCAGUCAUUGUAUCGUCGCGGGGAGCUGGUAUGGCUGGACAGAGGACGCUCGAGCAGACAAUUACCACCCCAAAUAGCACAACUUCUAAUUCUGUGCCUGCUCCUCAAGCCCAAAUGGCAACCCACCCCCAACAACCCCAACAGCACCAACACCAGCACCAAGGGUCUAUUUCUACAGCAUCCAAUCCGCAAUUGAAUGAGCCGCAAUCAGCAACAACAGCAGCAGCUAUACCAGCUGCUGUAAUGGCUCCCGCUACUUCUACCACACCCGGUGUUCACGACGAAAAUAGCGACCAAGAUGCCGAUGCAGAAAUGGAGGACGACGAAAAUUUUCCAUCGCUCACUCCUGUUAUCGCAAAACAACCGGCGCAGUCUCAUCAGCAGCUCGAAAUACCACGGACGAGAAAUCUUGACCAACGGGUUCCAGGUACUACUGAAAACCGAUUUGCCGUUAACGGGACGAUGCCUAAUCGAGACCUCAACAUACGGCAAACAAUGCAAAAUCUAAAUGCUGGUACCUCGGUGCCAGGGCGUAUGCAUAGUCAACAUGGACAUGCGAUAAUGAGUAAUGGCGAUUAUGGGUCAAUUGUUCAAGGCGUUAGCGGCAGCGAACCGAUGUAUAUGGAUUAA